UCCAAGUAUUUGAUAAUAUGUGCAGUUGCAGGCGCCGUUUUUCGCCAUUUAAAGUCGUUUCAUAGAAUUUUCCGUUUGUUUUGCGGUUAUCCCGGAAGCAGCAAUAAUGGAGUACAGGAACAAGCUCGUUCUCGCUCCCAUGGUUCGAGUCGGAACCCUGCCAUUUAGAUUACUAGCGUCUGACUACGGUGCAGAUAUUACAUACGCCGAGGAAAUUAUUGAUCACAAGAUUAUCAAAUGCGAGCGUAUUGUUAACGAAUAUAUCGGAUCAACUGAUUUUGUUGAGAAGGGAACCAAUAAUGUUGUCUUUAGAACCUGCAAUCAAGAAAGGGAUCAGGUUGUAUUUCAAAUGGGCACUUCUGAUGCUGUGAGGGCUCUGAAGGCUGCUGAAAUAGUGUGUAAAGAUGUUGCUGCGGUAGAUAUCAAUAUGGGUUGUCCCAGGUCAUUUUCUGUGAGUGGUGGCAUGGGUGCUGCUUUGUUGACGAAGCCAGAUCUCAUACAUGAUAUUUUAACAACUUUAAGGAGGAAUAUUGACACUCCAGUAACAUGCAAGAUUCGACUUUUAAAUUCAUCCCAUGAUACAGUAGAACUUGCAAGGAGAAUUGAGAAGACUGGUGUUUCUGCUCUUGCUGUCCAUGGAAGAAAAGUAGCAGAUAGGCCAAGGGAUCCAGCUCAGUGGAAUGAGAUUGCUGAUAUUGUAUCAUCAUUGUCUAUUCCAGUUAUUGCAAAUGGUGAUGUUUUUGAAUAUGAUCAUAUCGAGCGCAUAAAAGUUGCAACAGGUGCUUCAUCUGUUAUGGUUGCAAGAGGUGCUCUCUGGAAUGUUUCAAUUUUCUCUCCCAAAGUAAAAGUACAUUGGGAAGAUGUGAAAAAGGAGUAUGUUAGGAAGAGCAUAUCAUGGGAUAAUGAUGUUAAAAGUACGAAACACACGUUAAAGGAGUUGAUAAUGCAUUACUCUUGCCUUGAAUUCCCAGAAGGAAAAGCUGUGAUCAAGUCACAAAAUUUGGCAGAUCUAGCGAAAGUUUACGGGGAAGAAGAAUAUUACGAGUUGGUUAGUGCGAACAGAUUCACUCUCAAUGGACAUAGAUGACUGCACCAAAAACCCCCAGUAGGCUGAAGCUGAACAGUGGGUAGAUGUAUGGGACGAACUCGUAAAAUGGAGGUAUCCCCCACAAACCAACCUAGGAAUCUAAGGGUUCCUAUUGUUGUAUCUUAGUGAAAUAUACAUGUAACUCAAUAGCACUUAUUUCUGUAAUGUUUUGAUGUUUUAAAUUAAAAUUAUGUCAAGAGUAGUGAAGCUGGCAUCCGGUGUUCUUAUGCUUAGCCUGAUUGAAUUUUUGUACACUUUAAGCAUUCACUUGCAG